AUGCUCUGGGCCUGUGACCCGACGUCCCCCGAACCAUGCUGGACGCGCAUCGCCCGUCUGCAAGCUGGGAAGGCCUCCCUGCGCCAGCUAGCCUUCGAUCCCAGCUCAGCUACCCAUGCCUGCACACUGGCCGCUGCCUGCGAGGACGGCUUCGUGAGAUUCUUCGAGCGGAACGACCGCGACCCGUCCCAUACGGCCUGGGAGCCCUGCAACAGCCUACGGUGCAGCGGCGCCGCCGGCAAACCCACCUGCCUGAGCUGGCAUGACAUCGGCGACGGCGCGGCGCAUGGAACCGCGCUCCCGUCCCUCCUCCUGGUCGGCACCUCCCGCGGCCAGGCGGCGGUGUGGUGGCUGAGGAAAGAGACGGCGUCCUGGGUCAAGGCCACAGACCUACCCCUGGCCGGCGAUGGGGAAGGCACGGGCCCGGCGCACGCAGGUCGACCAAUCGCAGCAGCGGGACUGGAGAGCGUGACCAGCGCGGCGUGGGGCCCGGCCCUGGGCCGGGCGCACGAGACGGUGGCAACAGCAUCCGGGUCCGUCGUCACGCUGUGCACGCUGCGCGGCACAAUCGAUGCGCUGGAGGUUCGGCGCUCGGCCGUGCUGCCGCACGACAGCCCCGUCUGGCAGGUGGGGUGGAACCCGCUGGGGACCUGGCUGGCGUGCUCCACCCAGCGCGGCCAGGUCUGCCUCUGGCGGCCCGACUUCGGGGGCGAGUGGCAGCUGUGCAACGUCGUCGCCGGCGAGGCGGCCAUGCAGGAGUGA